CUUUCCAACUGGGCUGAAUAACUGGCAGUGGUCACUGUGUUAAGGUACCCCGCUCCUCCCCCCUCCCCCAGUCCAGGUACUCGACCCUGAGCAACUGCGGGCUUCUUGAUGUACUCAACUUUCUUCCCGUAUCUACCAUAAUAGCGUCAAAGACCAUCGGCAUGCUCACACAACGAAAGCUCAUCGCCCAAUGGCCCUCAAGGGCGCUCUACAUGGGCAGCCAAACCCGCAUGAAAACCAUCCCUCAAAUCAGAUCAUACUACGACGAACCAACCACCCCCUCCCACCUUGAGUCCAUCACCCGCGAUCCCAAGUACUCGCGCAUCCUGCGCAAAGUCUACGGCGCGCCCUUCCAAAGCCUGGUCAAGCCACGAAUCGACGAAUGGUUCGCCUACUGCCUCCACCGUUCACCUUCAGGGACAUCAUCAGGGUCAGGAAAGCAAAUGACAAUCCAAGAACGCACCCUCGCCAAACACGAAUGGGCCCAAGAAGUCCUCCACAUGCGCGAGCCCUACAACCGCACGCCCUGGCGGUGGGACUCCCUCAGCCAGCGGUCCGAGCCGCCUCUGGGUAUGCGGCAGCCGGGCGAGCCAGUCGCGGAUUUCUUGAAGAGACUGCCGCCGGUUCCGGGGCCGAAGAUGGGCGGGAAGAAUGAUCGGUUUGUGCCGAGGUGGUAUGUGGUUGAGAACCCCGUUAGGGAGGCGUACUUUGCGAGGGGGUAUUUGGAUCAUGGGAAGGCGCAUGAGCCGCAUCGGUUUGGGAUUUGGAUUGCGAAUCUGAGGAAUGCGUACAUGACGUUCUUUGAGCAGGUGGCGUAUAAGAGGAGCAUUGGCAGGAUGAGUGAGGAGAGGUAUCGAGAGGAACUGAGGGAGUUUAUUGCGAGGAAGGCGAGGCAGUUUAAGUUGACGAGGGGGGAGUGGGUGAUUCCCGUCCCAACAUCUGAAGCAACAAAAGUCUGGUCCGAAAUAGCCCAAGCAACGGGCCUCAACAUCCUCGGCACAUCCGCCCGGAUAGCUACCUCUUCCUCCAUCGACUACCCAGACCACCGUCUAAUCGCCGUCCAAACGGUCGACUUCUCCGACCACGAAGACGUCGAGCGCAUCCUCCGCCGCCUCGAAGGUAUGGGCAUCGUAGACCGCACCAUUACACAGCCCAUCCACUACCAAACAGAAGCAUACUACUUCCUCGGCAUAGGGCCGAACAACGUACACAACCUGCCCACAGCGUUUUAUACCAGCGAUCAGUUCUUCAACGAGGAACUCAGAGCCAAAUUGAGGCAAGGGCGGUCGGGGCAGAUUCUGGAUGAGUCCGUGCUUCGAAGGAGCGAAGAGUUGCGAAGGAAGCAGCAGCAGGAAAAAGAGGAGCAGGAGGAGAUUGCGGACUUUGGACGGAUUUGGAACCAGGAGCCGGAGGAGAAGCAGAGGGUAUGGAUACCGCCGCAGAUGCUGGUGCAGAGGGAUCCGAACGUGUUCCAGGAGUUGGAGAUUGCCAAGACGGAGGCGGAGAGUGCGAGGGCUAAGACGAAGAAGGCGAAGAGGAUGACGAUGGAGGAGUGGGAGGAGACGGAGGGUGGUGAUGAUCCGGUUGCGAUGGCGUUGAAUGCGAAAAGGGUUGAGUGAGUGGGCCAGUUAGCGAUUCCUGACGGGUUAAGUACUUCUGUUUAAUGUUUGA